UACAGGCUUAGAUUCUGUUACUUAUUGUCCCCCAGUGUUGUGUUCCUGGGUCAGCUGGAAGGAGCGGGGCCAUGGACACUGAUUUUCCAUGAUAUUUAAGGCGAAAUGUCGUCUCUCUGGAGGAAAUUCCGGAGUGGAAGCAACAGUGUCACUUCAGACACAAGACCCAGGGAGGAAUGGCAGAGGAACCACAGCACUCCCUCUCAGAGUGGCACUCCUGCCUCCUUCAACUCCGAGUCACUUACCCCCGGCCCUGGGCACUCCACCGUCCCCCGCCACCGCAUAACAAAGGCUGAUGAAGAACUGUUCCUCUCAGGAGCCGAGGCCAAGGGGAAUGACCCACUACUGGUUCGGGCACAAUUUGUGAAGACUGUCCUGGAUAUCCUGCACAGUCCCUCAACACUGCCAUACUUUGUGCAGUUCCUCCAGGGCCUGGGAGCAGACAAAUACGCACGCUUCUGGCUGGAGGCGAACAGCUUCCGUGCAGCUGCCAUCACUCGCAGCGCCCCCCCGACCAGUCCUGCCAGAUCCACCACUCUGACAUCUGAGACUCCAGCAGGUAUUGCAGAUAGACUCAAGGAGGAGUCACAUCCAAGUAAAGCAAAGACCCACUCAAGGGAUGCACCAAGAGACCUUAUACUGCCAGAUCUAGUGAGCAACAUUCAGUAUGCCAGUGAUGUGACACCCCUUGGCAGCCCUGAGGGCGUAACGCCAGAUGCCCUGACUUGCCACACGCCCAGGCAGGACCUGGGGAGUGAGGUGAAGGAAGACUGUGGUGGUAGUAAUGAUACCAGUGUCAGUGAUGAUAAUGUAUUCAGUGCCCAGACAGAGGAACAAACUGUUGCUGGUGAUUCUUGUGAUGCAGAAGACGGCAGACUCAGGGCGCAGAAGCUACGAAAGAGCAUCAUAGAGGAUGCACUCACCAUAUUCAAGAAGUACCUGGCCAAGAAUGCAGAUUUCCCCUUAGGUGUGGAGGAGGACAUAGUGGAGCUCAUUAGCUGCAGGAUAUCAGCUUUUGAGGAUGUUGACCCAGGGUGCUUUGUGCCUGCUCAGGAGGCUGUCAUUGGGAUUCUAGAGAGAGAGUACCUGCCCAAGUUCCUGGAUAGCGACUACUACCUAAAGCACCAGAUUGACGUGCUCACCAGCGGGUCGGUACGGCUGGCAGACAUCAUAUACAGUGAUUCAGCCUUCCCCUAUUUCAUGGAGUAUGUGGAGCAGGAGGGCGGCCAGAGCAUGCUGCAGUUCUGGGUGGCUGUGUCUAAUUUCCGGCAACAGCUCCUGGAGGCAGACCCACUGACCUAUGACCCUGCCCAGGCCCAGGCUGAUGCUGUGAUCCUGUAUGACAAGUACUUCUCGCUGCAGGCCACGUGUCCUCAGGGCUUUAGUGACAAGGUACGCUUCGUCAUUGAAGGCAACAUCUGUCCAGAUGGAGGCCUGCAACCCACCUGCUUUGAUCUGCCUCUCAGAAUUGUGCUGCACAUCCUGGAGAGGGAUUUCCUCCCUGGAUACCUCUCCUCCAGCCUUCACAUCAGCUACCUAAGUGAGCUUAUCAAUACUGUGAAGAGCAGUGUGGAGCUUUUUGGGCGGAAGAAACGCACAGGAUCAGAGAGCACCUGCAGCAGUGAGCAGAGCAGCAGUAGUGUCAGCAUCAGUACACAGAACACCCUGCUGGCCAUGGACUCGUCAGCAACACCCUCCUGCCGUGUCAAAAGCCUGGCUGAUCCGUCUUCUAUGAGGAUUGACGAGUCACAGCUCAAUGACCCAGACUCACUGUGGCGCCGCAAGACCUUCACGAAGCUGAGUUGUGGCUUUGUCAAUGAGCUGGGGCGCUUUGAGGCAGAGAUUGAGCCUCACCCAUACCACCGCCAGCCAUCGUCAGGUCUACAGAAGAUCAGACGGUUGAUGGGACGUGAAGAGGACAAAGUGAAGGAGGACAUGGCUUACCAGGUGGCCGAGAUGAUAAUUAAAGGUGUAACGCAGGUGACUCUUGCACCCCAGGGGAAGGGUAUGUCCCUACCUCCCCCACCACCCCCAUCAUGAUGCACCGCCAAGUCCCCAACCCCGGCAGUCCUGCAGGGGGAGGUGGGCAAGUGUGUUUGUAAUGGACAGUGGGUUGUGGCGUGCUUGGCUGAUGCAAAGCUGUGCACAGUAAUGUUAAUAUUUAUACUGAAGAUUUUAUAUAUUGCCUGUAUGAUGAUGAAUCCUCAGUAUGCAGCAUUGGUAUUGUUAUCGUCUAGGUUUUGAACAAUUUCUGAUUUUGAGAUUUUUAGUACUGUACUAUUGUUCUGGCUCUUGUUGGGGGUUCAGUCUCAAUGAGGUGUCAAGAAUUAGCCAGGAUUGAUAGGACUAGUUUAGAUACAUUUUAUAGUAAGCUUCACACUCUGUAGCUCACUAUGACAAAGGAAUCCACACAGGAACCUGAUUUAGUUCUAAUGACACAUUCCUGGAUGCACUUGUUGAUUACAAGGAACAAUACAAAGGCAUUAUUGGUUCAUUGCUGGUACUCAGGGAGGGGUUACAGUGCUCCUGGUCAUACAUACUCACACACACACACUCACUAAACCCUUAUGAAAGUGUUCUUCAGAGGCAUAAUGGGAUGUACGUAGUAUCUCUGGUUCUUGUAAAUAUAAUUCAUCUGGGCUUGAAAAGUUAUUUUUGCUUGGAAUGAGAUACAUUUUUCUCUUUCCUUUGUUGUACUGUGGAUUUUCAUGCAGUGCCUUCCAUUCUAUGUCUUUCUUCCUUCAAUUUAUAUUUUCAUGAAGCACCAGAAUUUGUCUAUAAUUACCAUUAUUAAUUGUGUUCUUUUUAUUUAUUUAUUUUAUUCUUAUAUGCCAUGGUUGUGUAUCACUUCCAUGUUAAUUUUGUCUGUGUGGCAAAGCUGUGCACCCAUAUGUGGCUCACUUUUGGUUUUUUUUUUUUUUUUUUUUUUUUUAGGGAAGCAAAGACACCUGAAAGUUGUGUUAAGUAUGUGUUCAUUUUACUUUUCUUUUUGAAUGGGACCAGAAAAGUUCUCCUGAAAUCUUGCAAAGCUGGGUGGGGGAUGUGAUUUUGUUUUAAUUUCAGCAGGAGACCAAAAAGGCACCUCAAGCAUCACCCUCCUAGAGUGCAUAACCAGUUCAUUGUUGAUCUGACACAGGAAUCUCUAUUUUAUUGAUGCUGCUCUUGUGAUAAUCAUUUUACACUUAAGAUAUAUAGAUGAAUAUAUAUAUGCAAAUGAAUAUAUUGUGUAUAGUAUCUUUUUUUCCACAAAGGUGUACAGGUAAUCUCAUUGCCUCUUUUAGCCUGACAAGGGGCUUACUUAUAACAAAUAGUCAGGCCUUGCUUGUUCUUUUCUACAUGAGUGAUGUGACCUUUCUUUCUGUAAUGAACCACUCAGGAAACAAAGAAAUGAGAUGUCACACGUUAGGAGGUGUGCUCAGACUAGGUUGCCAAAGAGAGGACUUGACUGACUAGGUGAUGUACAGGAAAGGUGGCAAGAAAACUCAGUGACAGGACAGUGAAAGCUUAACAUCCACAUGGACAUUGAUGAUCACAUCUCACUCAGUUGGUAACAUCAAUUGCCCUGUGAAUGUCGUGCUACUGCAAAACUGAAACAGAUGUAACAUACCAGUAUAUUAGACUUUAGUUGCAUGACAGUCAAGGCUAAACAAUAUAAACAUAGUCCUUGUCGAUCACUUACAUUUCAUAGGUAAAGUUGGUUGGCCUUUUGUCCCACUACAAGAAUGAAACGAUCUACUACUCUGUUAUGGAUUGUAGUAAUUGGGCAGUCAAGGCUAGAUAACGUUCAUGUUGGCCUUAGAAGUCACCGACAGCUGCCAUGAAUGUUCUGCCACAAGAUUGAAGCAGGAGUACUGUAUCCUCUUAUAUUUCAAUCACAAGUCUUCCUUAGAGAGAAUGAUGAGACUAUGUUGUUCCAUGGGUCUGAGCACACAACUUCUAAAGCAAGAUGUUUCAUUUGUCCUGUCUUGGCAAGGUUUGGACCAUUUUGUGAGUGGUGUCAUGGGAAAGAAGGCAUGAUCACCAAUACUUGCGGUGCUGUGUAAGGGAGCACAGCACUGCAUCCAUUAGCACUGUUUGCUGUCUCCCAUUAUAGUGUUUAAGGAUCAUUACCUCAUGACUCAUCCUCACUGUCACUGCAUUCUGUUCCUCUUGUCAUCCAGCUUCUCGUUGUGCUGCUAAUCAAAGGGUUGUUUGGCAACUGCCUCUCAUCGGAUCGUGUUGUGCAAUCCCCAUCCUCAUUCAUACCAAACUAAACACGGGCAGUAAU